AUAAAGAUGAUUUUAAUUAAAUUGCACAAAUCCCUUUGUAUUACAACCAAACCCUCCGCAGGCCAACUGACUCUCAGCCGUUCUGGCAUGUAUAGAGUUAACCAGGUUACCGAGGUUCCUAGUUAAGUUCUUUCACCAGGAAUGCAAUUCAUGUUUACCUAUAUAAGGAAACCUGUUAGGCUGACCUGAGUUUGGCGGAUUUUUUGCGCUGAGAGGCAUGUGAGCACACACCCUGGAGAGGGGGAGCGAUUCCCAGCUGGACAGAGCAAGCUUCCUGAACGCCUCAGCCAUUCAGCUGAUCCGAGGCAAAGAGCAGAGCCGGCACUUGCCCCAGCAGGCUGCUUGGAGGACCCACAGGUUUACCUUUUCCAGCUCCCAGUUGAGGAACAAACCCCGGUCCAGGGAAAAAUGGGGAAGCCGAUAGCUGAUCAGCUUCCUUGGAUUUUGCUGAUGACGCCAGAGAGCUUUGCCUGAAGAUGGAAACACUGGAGUCGGAGCUGACCUGCCCUAUUUGUCUGGAGCUCUUUGAGGACCCUCUCCUCCUGCCCUGCGCACACAGCCUCUGCUUCAACUGUGCCCAUCGUAUCCUGGUGUCGCACUGUGCCACCAACGAGCCUGUGGAGUCCAUCAGCGCCUUCCAGUGCCCCACCUGCCGGCAUGUCAUCACGCUCAGCCAGCGAGGUCUAGACGGGCUCAAGCGCAACGUCACCCUGCAGAACAUCAUUGACAGGUUCCAGAAAGCAUCUGUGAGUGGGCCCAAUUCCCCCAGCGAGACCCGCAGGGAGCGGGCCUUUGACGCCAACACCAUGUCCUCCGCCGAGAAGGUUCUCUGCCAGUUCUGUGACCAGGAUCCUGCCCAGGACGCUGUGAAGACCUGUGUCACUUGUGAAGUUUCCUACUGUGAGGAGUGCCUGAAAGCCACUCACCCGAACAAGAAACCCUUUACAGGCCAUCGUCUGAUUGAGCCAAUCCCGGACUCGCACAUCCGGGGGCUGAUGUGCCUGGAGCAUGAGGAUGAGAAGGUGAAUAUGUACUGUGUGACCGAUGACCAGUUAAUCUGUGCCUUGUGUAAACUGGUUGGGCGGCACCGCGAUCAUCAGGUGGCAGCUUUGAGUGAGCGCUAUGACAAAUUGAAGCAAAACUUAGAGAGUAACCUUACCAACCUUAUUAAGAGGAACACAGAACUGGAGACCCUUUUGGCUAAGCUCAUUCAAACUUGUCAACAUGUUGAAGUUAAUGCAUCACGUCAAGAAGCCAAGUUGACAGAAGAAUGUGAUCUUCUCAUUGAGAUCAUUCAGCAAAGACGACAAAUCAUUGGAACCAAGAUCAAAGAAGGGAAGGUGAUGAGGCUGCGCAAAUUGGCUCAGCAGAUUGCAAACUGCAAGCAGUGCAUCGAAAGGUCAGCAUCACUCAUCUCCCAGGCAGAACACUCUCUGAAGGAGAAUGACCAUGCCCGUUUCCUACAGACCGCAAAGAAUAUCACUGAAAGAGUCUCCAUGGCAACUGCAUCCUCCCAGGUCCUGAUUCCUGAAAUCAACCUCAAUGACACAUUUGACACCUUCGCCUUAGAUUUUUCCCGAGAAAAGAAAUUGCUAGAAUGUCUGGAUUACCUUACAGCUCCCAACCCUCCCACAAUUAGAGAAGAGCUCUGCACAGCUUCAUAUGACACCAUCACGGUCCACUGGACCUCGGACGAUGAGUUCAGUGUGGUCUCCUAUGAGCUCCAGUACACUAUAUUCACCGGACAAGCCAAUGUCGUUAGUCUGUGUAACUCAGCCGAUAGCUGGAUGAUUGUGCCCAAUAUCAAGCAGAACCACUACACCGUGCAUGGUCUGCAAAGUGGCACUAAGUACAUCUUCAUGGUCAAGGCCAUCAACCAGGCAGGCAGCCGCAGCAGUGAGCCUGGAAAGUUGAAGACAAACAGCCAGCCAUUUAAACUGGAUCCCAAAUCUGCUCAUCGAAAAUUGAAAGUGUCCCACGACAACCUGACUGUAGAGCGUGAUGAGUCAUCAUCCAAAAAGAGUCACACACCAGAACGCUUCACCAGCCAAGGGAGCUAUGGAGUGGCUGGAAAUGUAUUCAUUGACAGUGGCCGACAUUACUGGGAAGUGGUCAUAAGUGGAAGCACAUGGUAUGCCAUUGGCCUUGCAUACAAAUCUGCCCCGAAGCAUGAAUGGAUUGGGAAGAAUUCUGCUUCCUGGGCCCUCUGCCGGUGCAACAAUAACUGGGUGGUGAGGCACAACAGCAAGGAAAUUCCCAUUGAGCCAGCCCCCCACCUUCGGCGUGUAGGCAUCCUGCUGGACUAUGAUAAUGGCUCCAUUGCUUUUUAUGAUGCUUUGAACUCCAUUCACCUCUACACCUUCGAUGUGGCAUUUGCGCAGCCUGUGUGCCCCACCUUCACUGUGUGGAACAAGUGUUUGACGAUUAUUACUGGUCUUCCUAUCCCAGACCAUUUGGACUGUACAGAGCAGUUGCCUUGAGCGUCCAGCCACACAGAGCAGCUUCCUUCGGAAUAACAAAGCUUGAGGCCACAGUUUAGGGAAUUGAGAAAGAAAGGCUUCAAGAGAAUUAUUAAAUCUCCCCCAAUUUGUUCACAAGCCAGCUAAGAUAGGGCUCUGACUGAGAGAGUCCCAUCCUUUACUGUGUUUUAUAUUAAGUACGGGCUUUAAUAAUUUCUUUAAUUCUUUUGUAUCUAGAGGAAAACCUACAGAUUAUUUAUAAAACAAACAUAAUCGGGAUUACAACUCUUAGGAAUUAUUUCGUUUUGCACAUAAUGAGGCCCCUAAGUUUAUCAGCCCUUUCCAACUUUCAUUUCAUAACGAUCUCUGGGUUUGUAGAGUUCUAUGCUUAUUCACUUCUCUACAUAUUUCAUGAUGAGUACAUGGUAGGUCCUGUCACUUGGACAGUACAUAACACAAUAUGCAGCUAUCUUAAAAAGUCAUUUUUGACCUAGUAGGAAAGUAAGCAUGCUUUCUUACUCUCAUUUACUUUGAGAUGUUUUAAAUGUGAUGUCAGAAACUUGAACUGGAUCAGAAUGGAGAGCAUGAGAGAAUGGAAAGAAUUAACUUGGGACCUCAGACUUAGCUGUGGCUGAUGAGAUAAUUUGGGGAAGAAAGGUUCUAAAGCCUUUGGCCAUAUGUUCACCCCAUUUUCCAGGGCUGAAGCUUUUGGGUUAACAUUAUGAAUGAAAUUGCAAAUUGCAAUUGAAAAUAGUCACUUUGAAUCCUACAGAUUAUUCAAAAUUUUGUGCUGAUUUGUGUUUUAUCAGAAGUAGGAUUCUGUUUCAUAGUAUAAAACUAUUUCAUCCUUCCUCUUACUAGUUAUGUUAGGCCUGUAAAAUUCUUUCAUUACAUUCAAUAGUUGUCCUAGUUUGCCUUUCCCCAAAUUAAUUUUGCUUUUAUUUCUGGGGCUGAGGAAAUGAACAUAUUCUAUCACAAAUAGUCCAACUUUCAGUUGAGUUUGCUUUCUGGUACAUCAGCACAUGGACUUGGUCACUACCGUAUCCAAUAUAAGCUCACCAAAAAACAUAAUAUUUAUGAGUAAUGACAAGGGGCAUCACAUAAAGUGCUAGUCACCAGUAUACAUGCCUCUAAAGAUAUUAUAAAUAAGCUUUUAUUAAGCACAUUUUGAAAGAUGUAGAUGUCUCAUUAUAUCCUAAUAUAGCUUAUCAUCUGAGUUUUAAGAAUUCAAAUCCACUAUUCCCAUACACACAUCUGCUAAUGGAAUUCUUUUUAUGAUGUUCUGAUAGAUUGUAAUGGUCCUUGAAUUAAGGCUUUCCCAAGUGGUCAUUGGCAUGGGUUCAUCUUGACAAGGGAUGUGACCUGUAUAAAUGGUUUUAAUUGCUAAAAUAUUUAUCUGGGCCACUGACUCAGCCAGCAAAUGUUGAACAGACUGACGGAUUUAGAUGUUGUUUUUAGUGAUUUUGUUUUUAACCAAGUGUUUCCCCAAAAUAACUCACUAAUUCACUGUUUGAGCAUCAGAUGGUCAAAACUGAUGUGCUUGCCAAUGUGGACUUCAAAGAGGACCAAGCCAGCAUCCUGUGUCUUUCUGUCAUUUUCCUGACAGAUACUGUCUUUUUUCUUAAUGGAUAGAUUCUAUAUAUUUACUAUAUUAUUUAUACUCAGAUGGAUAUUUUGAUAGCUACUUGAGACAAUUUCACAUAUUAAAAAUGGACACCUCACUGGAAAAAAUUCAUCCUUCUCUAGCAAUUUAAAAGUGAUUUUUGACACUAUGAAAACAAUCUGUAUUUGCCUUCCAUGAAUAAAGGUUGUCUUAGUCAUUUCUACACUUUGGGGUAACUGGAUAUAGAUAUUUUAAUGCACUUUGUACACUUAACAGGUUCUAAAUAAAAUGGUCUAAAACUCAGUUUCUGAGUUUUAAACAUCAUGGUCUGCAGGUACCAAUAAAUACUAUGGUUUGCCUUAUGAUGUUAAUACAUAGCAUUUACUAGAAGGACACUAUUACCAUGAAAAUGUUUUCCAGUAUAAAGAUAUUACUCCUUAGAUAUCACUGCAAGCCGUUUAGGGUGUGUUUGGCUAUUUUUGUAAAGACAAGACAGAUUAUGUUAUAAUUUUGUUGUAGAAGUCUCAAUCUUGGCCAACUUAAAAACAUUGUGGAUGUAGCAGUUACUGUUUCCAGGCUGUCAUAUUUACAGGAAAAUAUGUAUAUGGUGAAAGGCCACAGUGUUUAAUUACUGUAAUGAUGUAGAAAAGAUUUCCAUGUGGAGUUUUGAAAGUCUAAAAAUACAUGCUGUAAACAUUUGGUACAGUAUAACUCUGCAUUUUCUUUAAAUGGACUGGGGCCUCUUCCCAGGAAGUAUUUCCAUCAAGGGGCAAAAAUGAGAUGGCAGUGCCAAUUAAAUUAGUACAACAAAACUGAUGUGAUGCCAAUGAAGGCUGGAAAGACUUGGCAUCAUGGGUUUGUGAAUGACUCAGUUGCCAAGAGCCCUGGGCACAGAAGGACUGUAAGCUUGGUGCCAUGAUCACUUUUCACUGCCAUGAAAUUCUUAAUGGCUUUUUAGCACAGGGCCAACAUUUUCCCUUUGCAAUGAGCCCUGCAAAUUAUAUAAUGAGUCCUUGGAACAGAACUCUGAAAGAUGGCAUCGCUCUUCCUAGUGGAUAGAAAGAAAGAAACCUGGAUCCAGAGCUGAAACUUGCUAGCCAUAUCAUUCAAGUAGAAAUCAAAAUGGUGGAUUAGAUGAGGAUGGGCCUAGGGUUAAGAUUUUCUUUCCAGCUUUAAAAGAAAGUGACUUGACAAAGUGUGUACGUCUCUGAUGGUUUCUGCUGGAGAAAAAGCAGACUGAAUACAGACAGGCUUUUUAUUAUUGUGCUGACACAUGGACCUUGAACUUCCUGAGCACUGAGCCAGUGCCCUCCAUUCAACAUGGAUUUCCAUUUCAGCUCCAGGCGCGCAUACAAAUGGCUGCAGAGACACGUGCCUGCAUGCUCAGUGUAUCUGGUUUUGGGAAGUUGACAUCUGGCCUACCUUGGUAAAGCAUUGACAGCACACAGACAAUGACGGCAGCAGGAAAAAUGAUUUGAAAAUAGUGCUUCUCAUCGAAAUCUUGAUUCUGCUACCCUAGGAGAUAUUUGGCCAUGUCUGGCAUCAAUUCUGGUAGUCACAUGUUCAGGACAUAUUGCUACCGGCAUCUAGUGGGUAGAAGUCAGGGAUGGCAUUAAAUGUGCUGCAAUGUACAGUGCUGCUCACCACAAAAAAUAUCAGACUCAAGACGUGAGUUGUGUCCUAAUUUAGACACUAUUGUUUGUUUGCUUUUUUCAACUACAAACAACAACAACAAAAAGUGAGCAGAGGUCAAUACCUUCACUGAAAGGCCUCCUUCAUCCUCAAAACUAUUUACAAAAUACUUGCCAGAAUCUGAAAUCUAAAGCAAUUCAAGCCUGUGUAAAUGCAAAUUACUAGUAAGUGUUGUGAUCUUAAUGAGCUUAGUGUGGAAAUGAGAAGCUGGUUUUCUCUCUGCCUUCAUAUACCAGGGCAAAUUCCCUGAUUCUUGAGUCAACUGCCAAGGCCCUCAGGCCAGUAUUUCCUCUUGACUGCUCUUGCUUCCUGGUUCAAAAUAAAAUCAUUUUGUGGCUCCAAAACA